UAUAAUACACCAUUAAUUUUAAAUUUGUGUUUUAAUUUUUUAUUCUUCUUAUUAUUAUGACUCAAUUAAAGUAGAAGGGUGAAAGUAGUUGACAGUAGCAGUUAAUGAGAUUCUUGAGGUCGAGCAGACGGCGAAUCUGAGGCAUAAGCAAAGGACUGUGCAUUUGACAGAGCUUCACAUGGAAUUUAACACCUAACAGGUUUCGUACAAGUUCAAGUUAGGUCAUGUAUGUGUUACUUUCGAGGGCUAAGGAGUGAUCCAUCUUUGCCGGGAUAAGAAGGUGAACAAGCUGCUAUGGAGAAAUGUGGUCCUGUUAAAGGCUGCUGCGUUAUGUCUGGAAAAUGAUGAUUCAGGAAAGAAUACCAACCAAGAGGGAUUUUAAACUCCCCAUCUAAUUUAAAGUGCGGGCCCUGUGGGGAAGAUGAAGAGACAACAGAUCAUCUUUUUGCAAGAUGCGAGAAAAGGCAUGGAUAUGUUUGGAGCAGAAUGGAUGGAUUGUGGAAAUUAAUAUAAGUGCUGUGCUACAUAACUUGUCAUGGGAUGUUUGUUCAACAUGAAGGCCUGAAUCCUAUGAAAAGAAAAGACAAAUUUUGGAUGCUACUAGUCGUCACGGCAUGCUGGAAAUUUUGGAAUUGGAUAAAAAAAAUUUGUUCCACAGCAAGGAAAGGAGCGUGUAACAGACUAUGGAUUUGAUCCAGGUUAGAUCAUGGAAUUGGAUUAAGUCUAAAAAUUCUAAAUUCUAGUAUUGCACGUAGCAAGAAAAAAAUUGUAAUUAUAUAUGAGUUUGAGUAUCUAUUGUAUUUUAAAAAAAAAAUAAUAUUUCAUAGUUGAUAAAAAUUAUAUAUCGAUGUUCUCUUUGAGCAGGAUAACGCUAGUACUAUCAUUUUCUGAUCAACUUCAUGCAUAAUUGCAGAGUUAAUAUUUGGUUUUGUUUAAGUGGUUUUGCAUUUCUCUGUACAUUACUUUUGAACUACCUUAUAGAAUAAUACACGAGAGAUGCAUGGACGAACGUAUUGUAACCAUCUUCUGAACUUAUUGAGGAGAUAUAAAUGACUUGAGUAGCAGGACAGAUAAUAAGUGUUUUUCACAGAA